UAACCAAAGCUGUUUCUGAACGUGCGGCGAGUUACUCGAAUCAUCGCUUACCACCUUCUUGCAACACGCCACGCAACUAGUUGAAUCUGUGAUACGGCUUGAACUUAGGCUUUCGACGCGUUAUCUGGGUUGUACAGGAACCGGGCUAGGUUCUGAUAAUAUACCCAGGAUGGCGCUGCGGGCCCAGCGGGCGCUUCCAGGCGCACGGCGCUCCAAUCUGACAUGUGGAAGACGUCUUUGUGUCUUCGGGACAAGGCGUGUGGUGGAGAGUGCUGUGGCUCAAACCCGCGCCCACGCCACACACGGAGCUGCGUCAGAGCCCGAAUGCAGCACGUCCGAGCGAGCAAUUGUGUGCCAGGAGUCGACUUGUGACGAGUCUUACAUCAGGAGCGCAGCCGAUGUGGCUUCCAGCAGCAGACAGGGCGCAGAGCGGGCGGCCAUCGCGCUGGCCCUUGCGACCGGCCUGUUUUUCCUCGGCGCGGACUCGGCGUGGGCAAACGGAGGUUCCUUUUCGGGGGAAGCGCUGGACAUCUUCAAUAGUUUCCUGGAGCAAGUGGAGGCGAUGGGCCCGGCGGGCGCGGUGGUGUUUGUGGUGGUGGUCAUGUUCAGCGAGAUGAUCCCGCUGUUCCCCACACAGCCGCUGUCGCUGGCAUCCGGGCUGCUGUUCGGCGGCAAGCAGGGUGCCGUGCUGAUGCUGAUCGGCUGCACACUGGCCGCCAUCAACGCCUUCAUCAUCUCGCGAGGCGUGGGCCGGGGUCUCGCGGAGAAGGUGAUCAGCAUGGAGAUGGGCACUGAGGAGGAGGGGCCGGGCCACCCCAACGCCAAGGAGCACAACCUGGUGGCGCGCAAGCUGGCGGAGGUGCAGCGCACCAUCGAGACCGGCUCCUUCACGCAGCAGCUCAUCGCGGUGGCGCUGCUGCGCCUCACGCCCGUGGUGCCCUUCUCCGCGUCCAACUACGUGCUGGGCCUCACGCCGCUGCAGCUGCCGGCGUUCAUCGGCGGCACGGUGUCGGGCAUGGCGGUGUGGAGCGUGCUGUACGCCAGCCUGGGCGGCGCCGGCCGCGGACUGCUGGAGAGCGGCGGAGACCUGGGGGAGGUGUUCGCAGAGCUGGCUGACCGCUCCGGCUCCUACACGCAAACCAUAUUGACUGUUGCCGGCCUGGCGGCGCUGGCGGUGGGGACCAUCUACGUGGUCCGCCCCAAGCUGGAGGAGCUCAUUGCCAACAUCUCACCGGCUGUGUCCAUGUCGGGGCGCAAGAGCACCCGCGGCAGCGGUGGUGCCGGCGACGUGUCUGACUCGGACGGCGAGUCGGCCCUGCGCGUCAAGGAGAAGCAGCUGACGGGGAAGUGAGGGCGAGGGCCGGCGAGGCGGAGCGAGGAGCGAGGAGCGAGAAGCAAAGAGCGGGUGGGGAGCGUGGACGAGCGGGGCGGUUUCGAGGAGAGCGAGGUGGAGACUAGGUGUUCGGGACAGCAGCAACAGCAGCAGACCGCUCAGCCGGGUCUGGUCUGGUCGGCAGGCGGUGUGGUGCUGGGACGGGGGUGGCACGGUGGCGGCUGGCGGCUGUGCUGGCUGCGUUGAGCGUACCGCGUGACGACGCGGCGUGGUGCGGGGUGCGGCGCAAGUGCUGCAUGCGGCGCGCCCUCCCGCCUGCUCCGAUUCAACGGAGCUAGAGAGGGUGCUGUCCCAGCCAGCGAAGCAGCAGAGGGGGCUGCGAUGCCCCCCCUGAGAACGAGAGCGGCAGGGCCCUGCAGGGGCACGGGCGCGGGGCCACUCCGCCUGUACUGCGCCUGUACUGGAGAUGAGGGUGGUCGUGGGUCAUGGCUCUACCUACUCCCUACCACGACCGCAGCGGGACUGCAGACAUUCCGGUUGCCAGCCACCCGGUAAGCCCGCACCAGCAAUCGCUGGGCUGGCGGGCGGUUGAAGCAAAGUAGUGGCGUUUGGGAGCGUUUUGUUUCUAGUGACGGAGCGUGUGUCACGCGGUUUUCCCAUCCUCAUCGCGGGUAUGGAGGCUGAUGUUUUAUGUUUUGGUGUUGUUCUGUUGUUGUGUGCGCGUGCACGAGUGUCUCAUAGCAGUGCGUACUUUUCGGUGUGAACGAGUUCAUUUUGGCUGACGCGUUGAGGGAGGUUACCGGCGCGAUUCUGUCAUGACGGUGCCAAGGCGGCUACGCACAAGCCGGGUUGUAUCCCAGAGCACGAGGGAUGUGUAGGAGUAGAGUCAAAGCCCAGGCGAGGGGUGCCGACCGCGGCGGUCUCCGGCUUCCGGACAUACGUUGCUGCGGUUGCAAAGCUGCAGGGGCGGCCGUGUGGUCGGCAGCCGUGACUGUGAGUCGGUGAUGGGUCCGGAGUGUGCAUGCAAGAACUUGCUGGGCGGAGUGCGAGAGCGGGAAGAAGUCUGUGCGUGAGCGGCCAGCGGCUGCCGAGGGUAGAGAAGGCGGUCGCGGGACGCUGGGUGUGCGAUGGGAGCGGGUAGGAGCGGGCCCUGCGGAGCGUUGGGGUAUUGCAGCGUGGAGGCCACAUUUUGUGUUCUGUGCGUGACGUUCAAUGUUGUGAAUUGCAGACUAGCGACGGGCACGUUGCAAGGAAGCUGACAGGUUGCUAACAAGCAGUACUCGGGCAGGUAUUGCGCCCAAAUGCUGCUGGGAGGUGCGCAGCCCGGCAAUACGGACGGACGAGACUCUGUGACGACAUGUAACAA